AAAACAUACAUGUGGCGCGUGACCGGAAGUUGUAACACUGCUGAUGUUACGUUCCCCCAUGAAUCCAAAGCUGUGAACAGAUGCUUGGAGAAUGGGGAGAGGUGUGGUGGCUGAUUUUGGCCCCAGUGAGUUGUUCUCUGGCCUGUGCCACACGGACACCCUUGACCCGUUCCCAGUGUGGCGGGAUGGAGCCAUCAGCCCCUGUUUUAACCAGCUGGUUCUGGGAGCCCUGGCUCACGCUGUAGUGGCCGUCUUCAGUGCCGUCUACCUGAGUGCUCAGAGAUGCAGCCUCCUCCGGUCCUCUCCCCCGUGUGGUUGGGGCCUCAGGGUGGCCUCAGCCCUGCUGGUGACCCUGCUCUUCGUGGUGGACUUGGUCCUGGUGGUCCUCCUCCACCGGGGGGACAUGUACCUGGACGUCCUGGCUGAUGGAUGUGCCAUCCUGGCAUGGCUGGUCCACUUUGGGGCCCUGCUUGUCCUCCAGAGGUCCAUCUAUAGAAGAACCAGGGGUCCCUCUGUGUUACUACUGCUGGUCCUGCUGCCUAUCCCUAACCUGGUGGUCACCCUGCUGGCUUACGCCCAUGAGGCCACCUACCUGGACCUGGCGGAGCCCUUUAGAGUGGCACGGCUGGUGCUCGCAGUCACCCGAGGACUCUCUCUCCUUGUCUACCUCCUGGCCUUCGCUGCUCCCUGUGUCGGUGAAGGGAGUUACACCUCCAUGUCCGUCAAUGAUGCAGACAGCUCUCUCCUCAUCCCAGAGAGUUCCUACCAGGACACUGGAGAGGUGGUGGCAGAGGAUGGCAGUAGCUUCAUCUCCCGCCUGAUGUACCUGUGGUUGAACCCUCUACUGAGGCGCGGCCGGCGUGGGGAGCUGGAGAGGCCAUGCAAUGUCUAUCUCCUUCCCCGGAGGCUCCGCACCAGCGCAGUGCGCCGACACUUCCUCCGCUGCUGGGAGGACUGCCAACAGAGGGCAGCAACACAGAGAAGGAACACUACACCCAGGCCUGCAAACAAGAGCCUACAGAACAGAACAUGGACUUCACCCCUCCAGGAGGGUAUAGCAGUGGAGGAGGUAGGACUGUUAAAAGUGUUGCACAAAGCCUUCGGGCUACGCUACUACCUGCUUGGUGUGCUGAAGCUAGCGGGCAACAUGCUGAGCUUCGCAGGACCCCUGCUCCUCAGCAGCCUGGUGCACUACAUGGAAGAGGAUGGGGCCCCCGUCAGCCAGGGGGCCUGGUGUGCCACGGGCCUCUUCUUCAGCACCUUCUUCUCUGCCCUCAUCCGGAACAUCUUUUCCUUCGAAGUCUCGAAGGUCUCACUCUCAGCGCGCGCCGCCCUCAUCUCAGCCAUCUACGGGAAAGCACUGCGGGUCAGCGGCGGCAGCCUGGCAGCGCGGUUCACCCUGGGCGAGGUGGUCAACUUCAUGAGCACGGACACGGACCACGUGAUCAACUUCUUCAACAAUUUCCACGAGGUGUGGAGUCUGCCCUUCCAGUUCUCCAUUGCCCUCUACCUGCUCUACCUGCAGGUGGGUGUGGCCUUCCUAGGAGGACUGGGUGUGGCUCUGCUGCUGGUGCCGCUCAAUAAGGUGCUGGCCUCGAAGAUCAUGGAGAAUAACAAGCACAUGCUCACACAUAAGGAUAGUCGUGUCAAGCUAAUGACAGAGGUCCUCUUUGGAAUACGAGUCAUCAAGUUCUACAACUGGGAGGCCUACUUUGCCCAGAAGAUAGCAGAUUUUCGGAGGCAAGAGCUGUCCCACCUCAAGGCCAUUAAGUACCUGGAUGCUGUGUGCGUGUACACCUGGGGAUCUCUACCCAUAGUCAUAUCUAUCAUCACCUUUGUCACAUACGUGCUGCUCGGCCAUGAGCUCACUGCAGCCACGGUGUUCACCACUCUGGCCCUAGUGGGCAUGCUGAUCGUCCCCCUCAACAGCUUCCCCUGGGUCCUCAAUGGCAUCCUGGAGGCCAAGGUGUCCCUGGACCGCAUCCAACGCUUCCUCAAGCUUCCCAACCAGGACCUCGAUGCAUAUUUCAGUCUCGUGGCCCCUGAGGACCCCCAGGACACCAUUGUGAUGAGUCAGGGCAUAUUCUCAUGGCAGGGGCCUGGGGGGCCAGACCACCCCACAAGCUCUGAUACUGAAUCCCCCAAAGGAAGUCUGAUGCUCCAUAGCCUCAACCUAUCCAUCACUAAGGGAUCCCUAGUUGUUGUGGUGGGCAAGGUGGGCUGUGGGAAGAGCUCCUUACUGGCAGCCAUCACUGGAGAACUCAACCGGCGUGGAGGUGAUGUAUACGUCCAGGGCAGGGAGGAUGGGUUUGGUCUAGCCGCUCAGGAGCCGUGGAUCCAGCAUGCAACAGUUCGGGACAACAUCCUGUUUGGCAAGGACUACAACAGUUCUUUUUACCAGGCCGUGGUGGAGGCCUGUGCGCUCACGGACGACCUCAAUAUUCUGCCUAAUGGGGACAGGACCGAGGUGGGAGAGAACGGAGUGACUCUAAGUGGAGGACAGAAAGCUCGCCUGGCCUUGGCCAGAGCUGUUUACAUGGAGAAAGACAUUUUCCUCCUGGACGAUCCACUGGCAGCAGUAGACUCUGACGUGGCCCAUCACCUCAUGGAGAGAUGCAUCAUGGGGAUCCUCAGGAGCAAGACCAGAAUCCUAUGCACCCACCGCAUAGAGUUUGUGGACAAAGCUGAUGUGGUGAUUCUCAUGGACAAUGGAACAAUUAUUAAAACAGGUACACCUGAAGAGGUCCUUCCUUUGGUAGAAGCAGUGCCCAAGAACCGGAAGAAUGACAGUAAUGCAAAGGAGAAAGAUGUCAUUGAGCGAGAGGAGAAGCAGGGUCCAUCCAAUGAGCUGUUUGCGGAGGAGGAGUCUACACUGUCAAGGGAGGAGCAGAAGGCGGUGGGCGGGCUGGCCUGGAAGGUUUACCACACCUACUGGAGAGCGGUAGGAGGGCCCUUGGCUGUCUCCAUCUUGCUGUCCCUACUCCUCAUGCAAGCCUCUAAGAAUGUGUCUGAUUGGUGGCUGUCCCACUGGAUCUCUAACCUGAAGAACAAUGGUUCCGCCCAGAGUGUUCUCAUGCCUGCCUACAGCUCACCACACCUGCUGCUAUUCUCUCCUGGAGGACUAAUGGUUGGACAGCUGAGCAGACAAAAACAGCACGAGUUUCCCCCAGCACGAGUAUAUAUACCCCAAUUUGGGUUCCCUGUCAAUAUUGAAACGACAGCUUUCGCCAACAUGAGCUCGGAGGUGAAGUUCUAUCUGACAGUUUACUGUUCCAUUGCGGGUGCCAACACGGUCUUCACCGCCUUCCGAGCCUUCCUCUUCGCCUUUGGAGGCAUCCGUGCAGCAUCGGUCGUCCACAACAGGCUGCUUGACACAGUCCUCAAGGCUACAGUUACCUUCUUCGACACUACACCGCUGGGCCGUAUCCUUAACCGCUUCUCCUCCGACCUGUACAGCGUGGAUGACACUCUCCCUUUCUUCCUCAACAUCCUGCUGGCUAGCAUCUUCGGCCUGCUGGGCAUGCUGGUAGUGAUGAGCUACGGCCUGCCCUGGUUCCUAGUGGCCCUGCUUCCCCUGGGCCUGCUCUACCACCUCACACAGCGCUUCUACCGACACACAUCCAGAGACCUGAAGCGUCUGUGCAGCCUCACCCUCUCGCCGGUGUAUUCACAUUUCUCUGAGACGCUGAGUGGCCUCGGUACCAUCCGAGCAAGUUCCAGUGCCUCCAGAUUUGAGGAGGAGAACGAGAGGCGUCUGGAGCAGAACCAGCGCUGUCUGUUCCUUAGCAACGCCGCCAUGCAGUGGCUGGACAUCCGCCUGCAGAUGAUCGGCGUUGUCGUGGUGACGGGCAUCAGCGUGAUCGCCGUCGUCCAGCACCAGUUCAAAUCCAUCGACCCGGGUCUGGUGGGUCUGUCCCUGUCCUAUGCUCUGUCCAUCACAGGCCUGCUGUCAGGCCUCAUCUUCAACUUUACCCAGACAGAGAUGCAGCUGGUGAGUGUGGAGCGCACCGAGGAGUACUCCACCACCCUGCCCACUGAGCCACAACACAGCAACCCACAGGUGCCCACCUCGUGGCCGGAGCAGGGUUGGGUGGAGUUCCGUGGGGCCGUGCUGUCCUACAGAGAGGGGCUGCCCAACGCCCUGGACGGGGUGAGCCUGGUGGUCCGGCCUGGGGAGAAGGUGGGGGUGGUAGGCCGGACGGGCUCAGGCAAGUCGACCCUGUUCCUGGCCCUCUUCCGCAUGGUGGAGCUGAACCAGGGUCAGAUCUUACUGGAUGGAGUGGACACCAGCCAGGUGGGACUGGCCCAGCUCAGGUCCAAACUGGCCAUCAUCCCCCAGGACCCUUUCCUGUUCAGCGGGACAGUGAGAGAGAACCUGGACCCAUGUGGACGUCACCCUGACCCCCGGCUACUGGAGGCCCUGGAACACUGUCACCUCAGCCCUGUCAUCAACCGCAUCGGGGUGAUGGUCGGAUUCGUGUUUAUCGUUGAAGGAAUGAGCGUUACACCGAGGCCUGUACUCUGGAGCGGGAUCGAUUUGGAGGUGGAGGGUCCGUCAUGGUCUGGAGCGGUGUGUCACAGGAUCAUUGGACUGAGCUUGUUGUAAUUGCAGGCAAUCUCAACACUGUGUGUUACAGGGAAGACAUCCUCCUCCCUCAUGUGGUACCCUUCUUGCAGGCUCAUCCUGACAUGACCCUCCAGCAUGACAAUGCCACCACGCACAGAACGAGCAGGGUGGCUGAUUUCCUGCAAGACCGGAAUGUCAGUGUUCUGCCAUGGCCAGCGAAGAGCCCAGAUCUCAAUCCCAUUGAGCACGUCUGGGGCCUGUUGGAUCGGAGGGUGAGGGCUAGGGCCAUUCCCCCCAGAAAUGUCCGGGAACUUGCAGGUGCCUUGGUGGAAGAGUGGUGUAACAUCUCACAGCAAGAACUGGCAAAUCUGGUGCAGUCCAUGAAGAGGAGAUGGACUGCAGUACUUAGUAUCUGGUGUGGCCACCAGAUGGGAUCCUCUUUUUAAUAGAGGCCAUCAGCUUUCUAUAGGCUAGGCUUUCCUAAUAUUAAACACAUUGCUUUGCUUUAAAACAGAAGUAUAGCCUACCUGGCUGGUAUUAAAAUUAACCACAGGAAAACUCCAUUCGCUAUUUAAGCGCAUAGAUUACAUGUAUUUUUCCCCCUGCCCCUGUUCCGAGACAGGUCCAUGAUAAUGGUCCAUUAUAAAUGAAAACUAAUUUGACACAUAUUAUUUAGUAUAGGUAAAGGCAAGAUUAACUCAAGAAUAGUCUAAUGGGUGACAUUAUUAGCCCUUCAUUUGUGAAUGAUCCCACUUGUGUGCAUUAAGGCAAGAAACAACUCCUGUAGCCUAGCCCAUAGGCCUAUAUGUUUUGAUAAGGUUUGAAUCACAACUAAAGUGGCCAAAUAACGUCUUAAAAUUUAAGCUCAUUAAUCAGUUUUUACAACCGGUGUAGAGCCUAACGUACAUACAUAGGCAGUACGUGAGUUACACAUUUGGGGAAAAUCAUUUUCACCAUAAAAAUGCACCUUUUCUAAUAAAGAAUUACAUGCAUAAUCGCAUUAUGGUCACUUUUGAGAAUGGCGUUUUCCCGCUAAUUGAUUGCAUUUUGGAACAUUCGUGCUUAUAGCCUACUGCCGUGUACUCCCUUUAGAAAUCGUUUGGAGAAAGCAUCCUUUCUAUUUUAUUCAGCUAUGUUCAAUUGAAUUCUUCAUACUAUAAAAUAAUGCCACGGAAUUCUAAGCAAAUCUUGUCUGCUAAAUGAACUAGUGUAGCCCACAGUCAUAUGGCAUCGCCAGAUCAGGGCCUAACAUAAUGACAACUCAGAGUAUGCUAUUCUGUUCUUCUGAAAUAGACUACAUUUUCUUAAUACCAUGUCUCUUUAGACCUGUCUAAAAUAAAUAAUGGAUUUAUUGUGAUGGUGUAGGUUAUAUUACAUAGACUUAUUAGAACAUGUAGAGGUUCCAAAGGUCUGCAUCGGUGUGGAAGCCAGGAGAUGCCAAAUGUGUUUAAUAACGGUCAAUUACUGUGAGACAGGCAGUUAUUUGCUUUAAAAUCACAAAAUGUCAUGACCGCCACAGCCCUAGAUUAGACCCAUUUAAAAAUGUUAAAAACGUGGUAUGUCCUGUGCGGUAAGAAAUGAAUUCUACUUUCACUCCUGGUAUCAAACCAAGUGAGAGUGAAAGAACAAGGAAGUAAAGGAGAGUGAGGAAAGGAAGAGAGUGAAGGUAGUAAUUAGUUCAUGUUUGUGUCUGUAAGAGUUGGGUCAGAUGGCCUCACUAACCUCUGUGAGUGUAUUUGUGUA